UGGCCAUAGCCCGCUCAGCCAGAGCAGAGGGCAUUCGACGUUAGAAAAGUGUGUAUUUUCUAAAAGCUGUUGUCACGAGAGCUCACUCAAAUAUUACAGGCCUUAUGUUGGAUUAAUCUCUCUUCCUGAAGAUGUGAGAAAUGGUAAGAACCACCUGUAAUCUAUGGAUGUGCAGGCGUCUCCAUGCAACAACACCUCAGACCCUCUGUGCUAUGAGGAAGGAUCAGGCACAUUAGCUGUCAUCAUUAUCCCCACUCUCCUGGCUCUCAGCACAGUGGUUGUUGUGACCAGCAUACUGUGCAGUCUCUUCCAUAGAAGAAGAGCAGCACCAGAGAGGACCUCCAUCCCUGCCCAUUACACCAAUCGUGCAGGUCAGGAGUGUGUGUCCAGUAGCCCAGUGAGUCUGUGGGAGAUCCCAGGAGAAUGUACUCUGGAGGGGCUGGAGUUCUGGCAGACUGGCCACUAUGGUCCUAUCUGCAGAGGCACAAUGAGAAGAAAGGAUAUACCCAGUGCUGUAGUGGUCAAGACACUCCGAGGAGGCAUAAAUCAGCCUGAGGCAAAGAAGUUUGUUGACUGGAUCCUUUUCCAUGGUACCGUGUGUAAACACCAGAACCUGGUCCGGAUGCUGUACUGUCAGACACAGAGACUACCUAUGUACCUGGUACUGGAGGCCUGUAGUCCUGGCAACCUUCUGCACUACCUCUGGACCCUGAGAAAUAGUGAUUCGGAGCCCUUGGAUCCACUGCAACAUUUUUCAGAGAGAUCAGUGUUUUUGGUGGCAAAGCAGGUGGCAGCAGGCCUGGACUAUCUGUUGUCAGAGCACAGGCUUGUACAUGGUCAUGUUGCUGCACAGAACAUCCUGAUUGGUCCAGGGUUCUCUGUGAGGGUAUCUGGAUUGGGCCUGGCCUUCGAGAACCGCCAGCACCAGACUGACAAACUGGCCUAUCGCAGGUGCCAGAAUGACAAACUGGCCAAUCGGAGAACAGCUGAGGUCCCUCUCAAAUGGCAGGCUCCAGAGAGGAUGAUGAAGCACCCAACCACAGACAGGAGUGAUGUAUGGUCUUUUGGAAUCUUUCUGUAUGAAUUGAUCACAUUGGGCUCUCCCCCCUACCCUGAUCUGGAGCCGGAGCAUGUGUUCCUCCACCUACAGAAAUCAUACAGGAUGAAGAGGCCAGACAACUGUGGGGGACCCUUGUAUGACCUGAUGAAGUACUGCUGGAUGUGGAGCUUCAAGGACCGGCCUGUGUUCUCGGCCAUCAUCAAGCUUCUGGGGUCUUACACAUACCUUGCUGGCACUAAAGAUAUCUACAUCCCAGAGGACAUGGACAUCACUGACUACAUCAAGAGGGCAGGUGUGCUGCCCUAAAUAUCUAGUCCAAGGCAUCACAUUCAUGAAUGAAGAAGCUAGAAGCAAGGGGUGAGUCCAUGACAAAGCAUGGCUGUAGUUGAUUUUAGGUUGAUGUGUACUGUACUGUGGUAUCAAAUGUGUUAUAAACUUUCAGAGAGAUUAUUUUAUGAUGCUGAAAUGUUGUAAAUGGGUUGACAUAAUGAGGGUGCAUGAGGGUGUGGAAGUAUUGUAUGGAGGAUGCAUCAAAGCCUUAUUGUAAGAUUGCAUAUUUGAAUGUGUCCCUUUUAGCACAUAAAUGGAUGUCAGGAAAAAAAAGAUCUGCCACUAUAUUGCUAUUGUCUACUCACAUUUUUAGGCCAUCACAAGUGAACAUAUUUUAAGAAAUUGUACAAAUGUAAGAAUAGUGUUCUUGAUGUCAUAUUGUCCCCAGUGUCAUGAAACCAGGCAAGUCAUUAUAUCACCACUUUAAUUGUCAAAACAUUUACAGAAUUUAAAAUAGAGAUCUUCAUAAGAUGUUUUACUAGUUUAUCAUUUGGUGAGGAUCACUCCUGUGCCUUUAACAGUAGUAAUGAGACAUGUAAUAUUGUAGCCAUACAGUUAAUGCCCACAAUGAGACUGUCUUGAAGUCACUGUGAUCACGAUAUGUAAAACUGUACUGCACACACUCAACACUGUUGAUUUUCAUAACAUUGCUUAUCAUUGACCGCGAUGCCAACAAACAAGCCGUUUGGAUGGCGUGGAGGUGACAUUUAUAGUUUUACUGUCCUGUUGCUAUUGUCUCUUAAGCCAAUUCAAAACAAACCCAUCAUCACAUUGUCUCCAUCGCACACUCAUAUCUAAAAUUCUAAAGAGAGGUACAAACCACCAUUUUCAGAAUAACACACCGAGGCAUGCGGAAAUGGAUCAAGAACAGGAAUAUUCCGGACAACAUUUUGUCCUCAUGACUCACGCUUAAAAGUAACUGCAAAGCUUUUUCACACUACUGAGCUGAGGUGAGCCGAACCAAGCCAAGAUGAUCUGUGCAGGACUGGUUACACACCCACUAUAGCUGUUGAAAUCGUUCUGGAAAUGACAGCGGGAAAGGAAUGCAUCUAAGCCAGCACAGAAUGGUUCGGGCUGGCACUAUAGUGUGAAAGGGUACAGGUUAUCAACUGAACUAAAAAAAAAAGUUGAACUAUUCACUGUACCUUAGGUUAAUAAAAGCAAUGGGAUGGUAAACCAUUUUUAAAAUUAUGUAAAGCCUUCUAAAACAGAAGCAGAGGUGUGCAAACACCAAAUAUAAAGCUAUGUUCACAAGUCUGACCACAAUGUCAUGUGUAAGUCAAAUUAAAAGGAUUGUCAGAGUGGGGAGAGGGAAACUAGGUGUUAUUCGCAGAGAGAAUUGGAACUCUUUCUUAUUGGUCAAUUUACUGUCUGGUGAUGUCACCAGGCAGGCCAAAACUCCAUCCCACCAAAACAGGCUCUUUUCAAACAGCUCUCACACUAAAAGACAAUUAUCAUUUUCACAAUUUCACUGUAUUAUUCCAACCUUGUAGUGUGGACAUAUAUCAUACAGGGAAUUCAUGUUUUUUACUGCACUGGGCCUUUAAAGCAGUGGUUCCCAAACUGUGAGGCUCACCCAAGGGGGAACGCAGUCCGGCUUUCAACUUACAACUUUCAAGAGUAUUAGUAGAAUGCACAAGGUGAAAUUUCGAAAUGCAUCAUCCGUUUUCAUGUGUCAUUGAAUACCUUGCUUAGUGAGCUAUUUAUAACUUGUCGGGAAUGUCCAGAUCAACUAGCCCAUGUCAGCUAACGUUUUUUAGCUAGGUUUCUUUGCCCAUAGAUUUUGUUGUAAUGUUUGAAUCUUUCAAAUAUCACAUGAAUACAUAGACAUGUCAUUCUCUCUGCCAACAGGAGGGGUGUGAACAGUUUAUGUCAUGAAUAGUGCUUGUGCCCAUAGAAAUAUACAGGGCGCAGGGUGUUCCCCAAUGCUGGAAGGGGGGCCUGAGUGAAAAGGUUUGGGAACCCCUGCUUUAAAGGAGCCCCCCCCACCCCAGAGGAAGUUUCCGCCAGUAUUUCAACGUAAUUUCCCAUCCUAAAGAGGAAAUGCACAUUUAGGGUCGACCACCAAAGAAUGACGAAGGAUACAAAGAGGAAAUGCACAUUUAGGGUCGACCACCGAAGAAUGACGAAGGAUACAAAGAGGAAAUGCACAUUUAGGGUCGACCACCGAAGAAUGACGAAG